AUGAGCAUCAGCGUGGAGCACCCGCUGCACUUUAGCCAACAGCUCUCGAGCCCACCACACUCGCCAAACCACGGAAUCCAUGCACAAACGCCGGCUGCACCUCCACCACCACCGCCACCACCACCACAUGCCCCUGAUACUACCACCGCCAACAUGGACGUGAGCGCCUCAACAAACACUUUGCCGACUGCAACCACCGGGCAGAACCACGACCGGAGCGACGCCGAGAUGCAAGAUGGCUACCAGCCCAGCCACCGCGACGCCUCGACGAACACUAUUGCUGUCGAGAUCUCAGCCGUGGACGAGGACGCCAUGGACGUUACUUCAGAUUCCGAGACACAUGCACUACUACCAAAUGGCUCGGCUGUUGUUGAGGCACAGGACGUUGGCAUCACCACACCAGCAUCACCCGCACCAGAUGGUACAGCAAGUACAAUUCCUCCAGUAGACCCUCCUCCACCCACCGAUCUCACUGUGCAGCCUCCACCUCCGCCUCCGCCCGUCGAACCCAUACGCUCCGAAUCAGACUCAUCAGACGACGACGACGGCCUUCCGCCAUGGCACCCACUACAAGAGGACGACUCCUCGCCAGACGAGGAUGAACUGAAAGAGAUUGAAGAUAGAGGCGAGGUCAGUGCUCUAGAUCACGAAUAUUGGGAGAAGGAGGCCUUCAGGCCCUUGGAAGAUCCAGAGUACACUGCUGGCGAGACUGGCCGCAUUCACUGGUCAAUCGAUGCUUAUAAUGGGACACGUGAGAAACCGAACCACGAAAUUGUCAUGAAGUCCGACAUCAUCACCGUCGGCGGACACCAAUGGCAAAUCAAGUUCUAUCCCAAGGGAAACGACUCGGACUAUCUCAGCGUCUAUCUCGAAUGCCUCAGUGUAAUGGCUACAAAGGACAGCAAAGACGAAGAAACUGACGACGAUAUCGACGCACAUGAUGUCGAUCGCUCGACAGGGGGAGAGAAAAAAGUGGACAAUGCCAUGAUAGCAGCCAAGCACACUUUACCAAGUACACAUACUGUAUCAGACAAGACUAGCACAGCAGCACAGCAGCGGCGUGAAAGCAGCGGCUCAAACUCCCAAGGCGACCAGACCGCAAUUACGCCAGUCGAAUUUCAACACGCACCUCUUCCCCUCCUCGGCUCUAAGAAAGUCCCCAAACGGAAAAGCGUAGCGGCGCAGAUAUCCGUCGUCCUCUACAAUCCAACCGAGCCCCGUGUGCACUACUCGCGUAACGCUCUUCAUCGCUUCUGCAGCGGAUCCCCUGACUGGGGCUGGACGCGAUUUCACGGGCCCUACUAUGACAUCUCCCGCCGCAUGCGUGGCCAACGGAUGGCGCUGCUUCGCCAUGACAAGCUUGCGUUUACCGCCUACAUCCGGGUUGUUGAAGACGAAACUAAUUGUUUGUGGGAGCAUCCCAUUAGAGAAAACCCCUGGGACAGCUUCGCGAUGACCGGCUUGCAAGGCCUCGUGCUCGGAGAAGAUGCUAGCGCGCCUGGGGGAAACAUGAUCUCGGCAGUUUCCUCCUGGAUGCUCUUCAAACCAUUCCGGGAACUACUGUAUAGCAUCAAUAUCACAGAUCCUCACCAGGACCCAUUCGUUCACCCCAGGCCGCUCGUCACUGCUUUGCAGCAAGUACUGUACAUGCUACGUACUCAAGUCGAGCCGGGCGCUGGUGCAGUUGCCCUCGAUGAUGUUUUGGAUGCCUUGGAGUGGUACGGUAUACACGAAGGUCUCAACAAGCUUGAUGUCAUGGAAACAUGGGAGAUCUUGCGACUUAAGCUGGAAGAAGAACUUCAAAACACGUCUCAUCUUCAAAAGCUACAAGCGAUAUGCGGGCCAAAGCGCGACUAUUCAACCGGAAUCCCGAGCUACCGUGUACCUGUAGAAGGUGUGGACACCAUGCAGGAAGCUAUCAAUGCAUCGGCUAAUUUCACGGCUCCUGGAAACGCUCUGCCUGAACUCUUGACCAUCGAGCUAGACCGGCAUGCGUUUGACAGUUCCAAGACGCGUUCUCACAUCAAGUUGCUGAACAAGGUUACGCUAGAUGAUCGGAUAACCGUGGGUGGAGUUGCCUACACUUUAUAUGGAUUUGUGGUUCAUAAACAGACGCUUCAAUCCUAUGUUUACCAACCAAUACUACGGCCCGAAGGUCCUGGAACCCGUUGGUACAGCUACUCCGACAGUAAGGAUGAAAACCAGGUCCGAUGUCUGCCAAAGCGCCAGGCAGUCGAUGCGCAUGAAGGUAAGCCUGGAGUGGGUCAAGUCACUGGCAACGACGCUAUCGCCUACAUCGCAAUGUAUGUGCGCGACGACGUGGCUCAAUCAGCGUUCGUAACAAAUACCGAGUCUGAGCAAUGGGACGUCCCAGAGUGGAUCAAGUUGGAGGUGGAGAACAAGAAGAGCUCAAGUUCUCUACCACCGAUGCCUCCACUGCCCACGGAUGAAUCAACAUCUCAAGGAGAGAAACCACAAGAGACAGAACUGGUAGCGGAGCCACCAAGAACCCUAGACUUCCAAAUCAUUGAAUCACGGGUGUUUUCGGAGCAUGAGGGUCCGGGCGUAUUUGACGCCUUUGACACAAAAUGGAAAGGCGCAACGUCGGGACCGAUUCACACCGUGCCGCUUUCAAGCCGAGAUGGUUGUAAAGAGAUUCGCGAAAAAUUGGCAAGCGCUCUGGACGGAGUCAAAGACCCUCGGCAAGUCAAGUUUUGGUUUCUGGAUCCGAUAAGAGGUCCAUCUGGUCGGCCUAACCUUCUUGGCACUGGCAAGAUCGAGUUCUCGGCCGGCAGUUAUGAUCGAUACACGGAUAGCAAAGACUGGACAUUGGAAGACUCGCCUUUUGCUUGUAGGAGAAUUUGGGUACACAUUGUCGACUUUGAGAAGCUUCCAGGGCUACCAAAUGAAGAAGAGAAGCAAAUACCUGCCACACCUAUUACGGAGCUACCGUCUGUUUCAUCUGCGCCAACAGUGGACGAAGUGGUAGAGGAAAUUCACAUUGAUGGGAGCACGGCUGAGCCGCCAUCUAGUACUCGGACACUGCCGCCUCCACAGUUGGAAGACACGCCGAUGAGCGAACCUGAAGAGACAACUCCUGCACACGCCGAACAAACUGUAUCACAAACAUCUCAGGCUGAGCACUUGUUGCCUGAACAUGCGUCUGAACGUAACGAUACUGCUAUGAUUGAAGUGGAGUCGGUUCUAGUAACUGACCCGCCAGCAGUCGACGUCGUUGUUCCGAGCGCCGCACCUGGUGAUACAGAAAUGGGGGGUACUCAGGAAGAUAUGCCACCACCACCGCCACCACCCGUGGACUUGCCGACAGAGCCUCUCCAGCCACCCCCACCAGCACGUAUUCCUAUACCUCAGCCACCACCAGAUGAAAUCUACUUCUUCCUCAAAUUUUGGAACCCAGAGAGGCAGGCCUUGGAAGCCCGUGGCUCACACAUUGCUCUCAAGUCUGCUAGGGUGGAUGAGACUGUCGUGGCGCUUCUUGGCCUCCCAAUGGAAGAUAAAAAGAAGUUGGAGUUGUGGGAAGAGGAAGAGCUCUUUACCACUCGCUCUAUCAAGCACCGUCGCACAUUUGCGCAAGUCGAUCUCCACAAUACUAGCAUCAUCAUCGUAGGACUACCCCUCACCACUGAACAGCGGAGCGCACUUGCGGGACGUGCAGCUUUCGCUGACCCUCGCACAUAUCUCAAUUUCCGAUCCUUUGCACGUAACUACCCUCAUAAGUUGCAAGGCUACUUUACAUACAACUACUUCUCGAGUGAAUACUACAAAGGCGAAAUUCUGAACGGCUACCACCACGGCCACGGAAUUCAAAUCUAUCACUCCGGUGCCACAUAUAGCGGCUCCUUCCGCCUUGGAAAACGCCACGGCCAUGGUCUAUACACGUUUCAAAACGGCGAUACAUACGACGGUGAAUGGGUUGACGAUCAGCAACACGGUACUGGCACGUACAUUGAGGCCGCAUCAGGCAACAUAUAUGUGGGUGGAUGGCAGAACAACAAGAAGUUUGGUGAAGGUGUAACGCACUGGAAAAAUGCGCAGGAAUCGGAGCGGUUGUGCAGGAUUUGCUGGGACGGCGAUGCAGAGGCGGCUUUCUACGACUGUGGCCAUGUAGUUGCCUGCCUUCCAUGCGCUAGGGAGGUUCAGAACUGCCCCACCAUAAAGGUACCGCGGUCAAAAGACUGCAAACAACUACAACGACGCUCCAGCAUCGCAAUUGCGGGACCACACACACCCCUGGAGCGGUUUGAAGAUAUCUUGGGUAUGGCGUUUUACGAUCAGAUUGGGAAUGCAGUAGCUUGA